GGGAGUCCUCGGGAGGCAUGGAAGGGGUUGCAGCCUACGGCAUGGACAAGCAAUUCGCCCCCAACCCGGUGCGGAUUUUGGAUCCUCCGGACAACCCCCAGGCGAGGAAAAACUUCAGCGUCAGCCACCUCCUGGACCUGGAGGAAGUGGCUGCCGGCAUGAACGGAGCCAAAGAGCCCGGCCCGGAGGCGAGGGACGGCGGCAAAGGCGCCCAGGAGCACUCCGGGGGCAGCAGCGGCAGCGAAGGAGGCGCGCUGCAAGAAGGAGAGAGCUUGAGCCCGACCCGCAGCUCCGCCAAGCGGAAGAAGAAGCAAAGGAGGAACCGCACAACCUUCAACAGCAGCCAGCUCCAGGCACUGGAGAGGGUGUUCGAGAGGACGCACUAUCCGGAUGCCUUUGUACGGGAGGAGCUGGCACGGAGGGUGAGCCUCAGUGAAGCCAGAGUGCAGGUAUGGUUUCAAAACCGAAGGGCCAAAUUCCGCCGUAAUGAAAGAGCCAUGCUAGCCAACAGGUCAGCCUCUCUUCUCAAAUCCUACAGCCAAGAUGCAGCCAUUGAACAACCCAUGGCCCCCCGACCUACCACCCUGAGCCCAGACUAUCUCUCCUGGUCUACCACAUCCCCAUACAGCAGCACAGUGCCUUCCUACAGUUCCAGUGGUGCCACUACACCCACCCAAGGGGUGAACAUGGCCAACAGCAUUGCCAGCCUACGCCUCAAAGCCAAAGAGUUCAGCCUUCAUCAGAACCAGGUGCCCACUGUGAACUGACAGCAGAGGCAUACAGCAUUUGGAAUCCUGCCUCUUUGUCUAGCACGUCUAGUUGGGAUGUACUCCUGCCACACAUACCAGCAUAAAUUCCAGAUGACCUCUGUGAUUCUCACACCAGCAACACCAGAUUUCAUUGUGCAGUCUCUUUGUUUCCUGCUGAAGACAGAGUGAGUUUCGACAAACCCGGUUAUAAAUUCUGUGGACCUCCCUUGGUAAGGAGGUGAGAGUUUCCACCUCAUUAUGCUUAAAAAGCUUUUUUAAAAAAUAGAAGGCCUAUGAACUCUCCAGGAAGAAAGAGAUCGAGUUAACCUGAACAAAUUUGCUCAAAAGUACCAAAAAACAGACUCACGACCCAAACAUGGAUUUAAUUUGAAUGCAAAGCAUCUGGAUGCCCAAAGAACUUCCAAGCGCUUGUAGGAACAGAAGCUGGAAAAGUAACCAGAUUACCCCCAUGAUUCACUCACCCCCCCCCCAUUUGUCCAAAAGUUUGGCUGACUUUGGUUAUACAAAAAGUGGCACAAUCUAGGCUAAUAAACCAGUGUUUGAAUUGACA